ACAAAAACUGGAUAGAACUAGAAAGGAAGGAGGAGAACAGAGUGGGUUUGAGAAUGCUGGUCGGUAGACUAUGCUCCAUUGGGAGUAACAGAUGUAAGUAAGUAAGUAAUGUAAAGAUAGGUCCUGGAUUUGAAUCUCGUGGAUGCACACUGCUGAAGAAUCCCAUAAUAGGACGAAACAGUCGUCCAGUAAUUCCAAGUUUUCCAUGGCAUAUCUAUUAACUAUUGGUGUUAUAUUAUUUGGUGGUUUUAUUGAAUUAUUAGAUGCAAUUAUUAUUCAAAUUGUAUCAUUUCUAUUAGGUAUCAUAGCUAUUCUAUUAAGUAAUAAUGUGAAUAUAAUUAGUCAAUUAAAACAAGAAAUUGUAAUAUGGAUUAUCAUACGUUUUGCAGUGGUAGGAAUAAUUUCACUCAUUUUAACGAUAUUCUAUAGAGUAUUCGGAUCAAUAACCUGCGUUUGCUGGUGUUGUGUAGUGAUAAUCGCAAUUUUAGACACUCCAAUUAUGUUAAGAUCACAAACUGAGAUUAAACAAUAUCCAAUAACAUUUAAAAUAUUUGUGAAUAUAUACGAAGUUAUGUUAUUGUAUUUAUUGUUGAUGCUUUCAAUUGCAUUUAUUAAACGAUUAAAAUGUAAUAAAGAAUAAAUGAAUAGUAACUUACUUACUAACUUACUUAUGCCUGUUAUCCCUCGUGGAGGAGCAUAAG